GUUGCUUGCGUCAGUCCAGUCCGUCUAUUGUCCUGCUUGCUAUCGAGUCAUCAAUUUCUUUAUAUCCCGCAUUGCUGCUGCUGCUGUUUACCUGUUAGUUUCUCUCUCACUCUUAUUUUCUUCGCCUCAUCCAAACAGACGCGAACCCGGCAUCGAAUAUUUUACUAGAUGAAGAAUCAAUCAUAAGACUUCUACAUGAGCCAAUGUGAGGUGUCAGCAGUUGCUCAACUUGCCAGAAAUAGCAAUCAAAAGUCCUUCAAAUCUCACUCAAUUUGUUUAAAUAAAGCGGCACACAUAGAAGAGUAUAUUCCAGAAUAAAAUACAGUGUCUGAAUAAGAUGUGAUGGUUUUGGCCGGAAUGCAUUUGAUAAUAAGCCUUCUGGAUCAGGGCUAAUCUGGGGUUAAACACAACAGCCUCCAUCCACUGUAUCUACUUACCCCCAACUUCUCCACCUGAUAUAUGGGUAAGCCAUGGAAUUCUCUAGGUUACUACUAUUUGUGCUUGUCAAGCUGUAUCGGUGGACAUUGCUUCCUAUUUUUAACAUAAUUUUUAAUGUGCUGAAUUCUGCGCCUCCUGUUUCUGUGCCACCAGUUACUAAUCCAUUGCUCCUCAAAAGUGCCACCGAAUUAAGUAAGAUGAUUCGUAAUAAAGAAGUAAACUGCACUGAAGUUUUAGAAGCUUUUAUUGAAAGAUCAAAAUUAGUGAAUGCUACUAUAAAUUCAAUUUGCUCUAAUUGCUAUGAAGUGGCCCGUCAACAAGCACUGGAAGUAAACCAAAUAUUAGAACAAGAUGACAUUCCAGAUGAAUAUUCAGAAGAAAAUGCACCCUUUCUUGGAGUACCUCUUUCUGUUAAGGAAGCUUUUGCUUUGACAGGUAUGCCAAACACUUCUGGUUUAGUAGUACGUAAAAAUACUAUUGCUACAAAAGACGCAGAAGUGAUUGCUAAUUUACGCAAGUCUGGUGUCAUUCCAUACGUAGUGACCAACAUAAGUGAGCUCUGCAUGUGGUAUGAAUCAGCUAACAAUAUAUAUGGAAGAUCCUGUAAUCCUUACGAUAAUAGGUGCAUUGCUGGAGGCAGCUCAGGUGGUGAGGGUUGUCUGAUUGGCUCUGGAGCUUCAAUUAUUGGAGUUGGCUCGGAUAUUGGCGGCAGUAUUCGUAUACCAUCGUUUUUUAAUGGAAUUUUCGGUCAUAAACCAUCUUCAGGAAUCGUCUCAAAUGACGGCCAAUUUCCUAAUGCAAGUGGCCAGCAGAAAGAACUUUUGUGUGUAGGACCCAUGUGUCGAUAUGCAGAGGAUCUCAAACCGAUGUUACGCAUCAUGGCUGGAGAAAAUGCCAAGAAACUCAAACUUGAUGAACCUGUUGACUUGAAAAAAUUGAAAAUCUAUUAUAUGGAUCAUGAUGAAGGAGGUCUAUUUUCAAGCUCUGUCCAACCUGAAAUGAAAAAGGCAAUUCACAAAGUUGCAAAUCACUUCAAAAAGAAGUAUGGAAUUGAUGCUGAACCAGUUCGUAUGUCACAGAUGAAAUACAGCUUUGAGAUCUGGUGUGCUAAACUUUCUGCUAAAUCUGAAGAUCAUGAUCCUCUAAGUACAUUCUGUUACUUUAUGACCGAUGGUCAAUAUUCCAUAAAUCCUGUUAUUGAAUUCCUUAAAUGGGUGGUAUAUCAAUCUGACCAUACAAUACCUGCAAUUGCCCUAGCUUUGUCUGAGUACUUACUAGACAAAUUGGAUACUACUGCUACUGAUGAAAUGUUUCUGUCUUUUGGGGACACUUUAAAGAAGAAAAUGGUUAAUCUUCUUGAAGAGAACUGUGUAUUUUUAUUUCCUCCUCAUCCACGUGUAGCGCCUUAUCACAACCAACCAUUAACAACGCCAUUUGAUUUUUCGUAUACGGCUAUUUUCAACUAUUUGGGAUUUCCAGUUACACAGUGUCCUGUAGGGUUGAGUUCAGAAGGCUUACCUCUUGGUGUACAAGUUGUUGGAUCAGACCUAGCUGAUCAUGUCACAAUUGCUGUUGCUCAGGAAAUUCAAGCUGCAUUUGGUGGUUGGGUAAAUCCAUGUGCAUAAAUUUAGUUAUUUAUUUAUUUAUUUUUUUUUAGUUACUAUAUUUUCUGUUAAAAAGAGAAGAGAAAAUUUUCUAGAAAAUUAUUUUCUUAAAAUCACUCUCAAUAUUACUAAAUCAAAAUUUAUUCUUUUAAGACAAAGAAACUAAAGAAUUAUAUUCAAGGUAGAAUUUCACCAUGAAGAUGUGUGUGUGUGUGUGUGUAUGCUGUUAUAAGUUGUAAAGAUAUGAGGGAUAUGUACGUAACAUAAACACAUUGGUCAUGCUUAUAAUGCCUUGACAGCAAUCGGUUAUAUAUACAUCAGCAUUGUCUGUGACUGCAGCAAUGUCAUCUGAAGACUAUGACAUAUGUGUGUGCAACGAUAAAUAUAUACAUAUAUGUAUAUGAAUUUGUUCGGUAGGGUUUUCAACAAGUAUGUUUGCUUGCAUGUAUAAAUAUGUGCAUUACACAUACUUUUUAUGUUUCUCUGUCUGCCUGUCUGUCUGUCUCACUCUCUCUCUCUCUCUCUCUCUCUCUCUUUUUUUCUCCCUUUCUCUCUCUUCAUAUGUAUGUGUUGUAAUGAUACUGCAGCCUUUCUCCUCCACAUGUCUUCAAGUAUAAAUG